UUAUGAACCGAUUAGCAGAGGAAUCCCAGUUGAAUUCUUAAUUUCCCGUCUCAGCCCCUUCAUUGGUAACAUCGGAUUCGCAAUCUUCCUCUCUUCCAAAGUUAGUUUUUUUUUUUAAAAAGGAAAAGAAACUUGUUACUCAUGCAAGGUUCUCAGGUGCCACGUCUCUCCUUUACGUGUCACGUUCUUGCAGCAUGUUGCCCAUCUAUAAUACUAUUUACAACAAACCCGAUCCCAUUACUCAAAGCUUAAUAGGAAGAAGCAACUGAUUCAGCAACAUCUUUGUGGUUUUAGUUUCUUGCUAAAGCUACCUAACAAAGCUUUACCUUGGAGGAUUAAUGGCUGACGUUCGCACACAUGCACACCAGGUUCAAGUGCACCCUCUACGCCAGCACGAAGGAGGCAUCAAAGUGGUUUAUCCCCAGAGCGGGCCUUCUUCCACUCAGGUUCUAGCAGUGGUCGCCGGCGUACCGGUUGGAGGGACGCUGCUAACUCUGGCCGGUUUAACCUUAGCCGGUUCGGUUAUAGGACUAAUACUGGCAUUCCCGCUGUUCCUCAUCUUCAGUCCGGUUAUCGUACCAGCGGCCUUUGUGAUCGGUUUAGCUAUGACAGGAUUCAUGGCGUCAGGGGCAAUAGGGCUCACGGGACUAUCGUCGAUGUCGUGGGUACUGAACCACAUCCGAAGAGUAAGGGAACGUAUACCGGAUGAGCUGGAUGAAGCAAAGCAGCGUUUGGCUGACAUGGCCGAGUACGUGGGGCAGAGGACAAAAGAUGCAGGACAGACCAUAGAAGACAAAGCUCACGAUGUACGAGAGAGCAAGACUUAUGAUGUUCGAGAUAGAGACACAAAGGGUCAUACUGCCUCAGGAGGAGACAGGGACACCAAGACAACUCGCGAGGUCCGAGUGGCGACAACAUGAAGCGUGUGUUUUGUGGUGAAUAAAAAGAGAGUCGCCUGUUGUGGUUCUGGUUUCUUGGUAGAUAGGUGUUGUGUGUUUAAGUUUAAAAUGGUGUUCUGCUCUGUAAGCGUUCUUCGAGUGUUGAGUGUGUUUUGCUUCUAAUAAUAAUGUGGACGUUUUGCUUCUAAGGGUUUUAUGUGUGUUCAU